AUGGACGACGUCCUGAACGCGACGCGGACGGAGACGGAGACGAAAGAAGCGGAUUUCAGGGUUGCUACCACCCGUGUUUACGCGUCAUUCACCGUCGAUGAUCGCCAGUACGAAGAGAGCGCGGAGUAUAAAGCCUUUGUCAUCGCAACGAGUCACGCGCUCGAUUCAACAUCAAGGAUGAGAACGCCAAUCGAUCCGCCUCGCGCGGGUGGCGCCGAAAUAUUUCGUCUCGACCUUGCAAACGCAACAAAGACGAUCGAAUUCAUUGAUCAUCACCGAACGCGGUCGUUUUAUCGCGUGACGUGUUGCGUUUCGGUUGGGCGAUCGACUUUUGUACUAUCCUUCGACGACGGCUCAGAGUGCACCGUGCGGUCGCCGAGUCGCGAUCCAGUAAGACACUUGCGAGGAACAACCAAUGAUCCUUGCGUCGCCAAAGAUCUCAGCCUACCUUAUCCGGACGAUAUCACGUUAGAGUUUACGCCAAGCGAGCGAGCGACGUUCGACGAGUACCGAGGAUUUUAUCGUGGAAGUUACGAGAAAAUGAUGCGAGCCAAAUCGAAAUUUGCGCUCGCGGUGAGAUUUGAUGAAGGCCCGCGCUUGAGAGCUACGGCGCGUUUUCGAGGUGUAUCCUCAUUUCGAGAUUGUGAACGGCGAAAGAGUCUCACCGUAGAGCUCGACGGGCGAGGCGUGCGCUUGAUGCCUGGUUCCUUCGGGACAAAAUUCCUGCUGAUCAGCCUGUGCAUCGAUGAUCGAUACGUAAAGACACACCUCGUGUUGUCGAUGGCGAAGGCGCUCGGGACGUUUCCGCACGCUUUUCGAUACGUCAGGUUAAAAAUACGCACACGUGGUCAGAAAAGAGUGGAACAUUCUGGCUUAUACCUGCUCAUGGAUGACCCAAAGUCUUCGCUCGAGCGCGCGCACAAUCAGCUCUCCGUCGUCGUGCGCCGACGGUUCGAUCCAGCGAGGAAGAAUUUUACCAGUUCCAAGGGUGUGCCCGAAGUGAAAUCUUAUCCAAAUACAGAUAUUGAAGCAAUCGCAGGUCGCGUACGAUACGAACGCGUCGUUCUCGCAAGCGAGAGCUGCGAAGAUAAAGCUUGUUUCGACGUUUUGAACAAUUUGAUCGACCUAGAAGGCUACCUUAGUUGGAUGGCGCUGAUGACGUGGGUCGAGUCGGGCGAUUACGUCGAUGAACUCUGGUUAUACGCAUCAAAUGAGAAUGAUGGGAAGCACCGUUUCAAAGUUCACGCGUGGGACCCUGACGAUUCUUUUGAGUCUUGUCAUCACGGCGGCGAAGAUGCAAUCGUUGGGCUAGGCAAUCUCCUGUACUGCGCGGAGGGCGCCAUCGAUCGCGUACUCGUACGAUCUGAAAGCAUGCGUGCUCAUUACAUCAAGAUUCUCAACGAAGUUCUUCGAGAUAGACUAAACGAGCGAGCACUUCGGGAGAUCGUUGAUGCGCAAGAAGGACAAAUUCGUCGGCUCCUCAACGACGAUGACACCGCUCUCGGCCUGCUUGAGCUUCGGGAAAUCGAGCCAUCGAUCGAUAGCGCGACGGAGGCUGUGAGUGAAAUCAUCGGUUCAUUGCGUUAUUACAGAGACGUGAUAAAUUUUCGCAGACGUUCCUUGUUGCGCGACGCAGAAGCUUACGCAUCAUUCGACCCGAGCGCCACGGCGUGGACGUCGCAACCAACGGCGGACGAUUGCGACGAUGGUGCGCCUACAUUAGUGACGCAAGUACGAAGUUAUGAUAGGAUUGAUCAAGAUAUUUUGCUCAAAGUCAGUGGUAAUGGUGGAUCAUACGCGCUGAACGUGUCUUUUGAUCCCAUCGUUGUCUACAAUGGCUCGACGUACGUCGCCACGCGAGACGAGUUCGUGCUGGAGAGAUGGUCUUCUGAACAACACGAAAAUGUCACACGCAUGGCGAUGUCAUCGCCAUGCGUGAGAACUUUCAUCGGGGGUGGAUACAUCGUUCUGAGUUCCAUUUGCGAUGACUCAAUCCCUCACAUGUUUUCACUGCAUCAUCGAUUCUGGCAUGGUUUUGCCAACGCGUCUUCGCCGAUGAUAGUUAGUCGCCUACUCGGAUGUGUGUGA